CCUCCCUAACACAAACUUCCAGGGAGAUAAAUCUGUGCUCCUUUCUACUUCGUUAAGGCCUAGAGAUUUGCACGGGACAAGUGUUAAAAUAAAAUAGCAGUAAUGCAUAAACUUUUGUCUCGGCUGAAUGGCCCGUGUUUGCUCGGGAAAACCCACUCGUGGACUGCAGUGGACGUGUUUGUGAACCUCCACAGAGGAAGCGGUGCGCUAUAUCAAAAAUCAGCUGUGAAACAGCCCCCACCUGAGUUGCCAGAGAUGCCCGCAUGUGACUUUACACCUGAGCUAUACCAGGGCAUGUCUAAAGAACGUUUAAUAGGAAUCAGAAAACACAACUGCAACCCGAUGACCAUGAAAGUUACAUAUUACCAAAAGCCAGUCUUCUUAAACCAGGGUUACAUGCAGUGGCUUUGGGAUGUGGAUGGAAGACGAUAUCUGGACUUUUUUGCAGGGGUGGUCACAGUGAGUGUGGGACACUGUCACCCAAAAGUGACAGAAGCAGCAGAGAGACAGCUGAGGCGUCUAUGGCACACGUCCGCCAGCUACAUUUACCCACAAAUGCAGGAGUAUGCAGAGAAACUGACGUCCCUUUUGCCGGAGCCACUAAAGGUUGUGUAUUUUGUGAACAGUGGUUCUGAGGCUAAUGACCUUGCAGUGCUAAUGGCCCGGCUACACACAGGAAAUUUUGACGUCAUAACACUCAGGGGCUCGUAUCACGGCGGCAGUCCUCAAGCAACAGGUCUCACAUCCAACGCAAUUUACAAAUACCCCGUCCCCUCCUCAAUGGGCUGCCAUAAUACCAUGUGUCCAGAUGUCUUCAGAGGCCUUUGGGGAGGCAGCCAGUGUAGAGACUCGCCAGUUCAAACCAUCCGGGAAUGCAGUUGUUCCCCAGGUCAUUGUCAAGCCAAUGAUAAAUAUAUAUACCAGCUUAAAGAAGUGUUUGACACAACGGUUCCCCGUCGUAUCGCUGCUUUCUUCGGAGAACCCAUCCAGGGUGUCGGCGGGGCUAUUCAGUACCCUAAAAACUACCUGAAGGAGACCUACCAGCUUGUUCGGGAGAGAGGUGGAAUCUGUAUCGCAGAUGAGGUCCAGACCGGCUUUGGACGCACAGGAAGUCACUUUUGGGGUUUUCAGGGGCAUAAUGUUAUUCCAGACAUGGUUACCAUGGCAAAGGGCAUUGGCAACGGGUUCCCUAUGGGUGCUCUGGUCACCACAGCAGAGAUUGCCAGUUCAUUUGCAAAAGGAGUUCAUUACAACACGUUUGGAGGUAAUCCAUUGGCUUGUGCGAUUGCAUCAUCAGUGCUUGAUACGAUAAAAGAGGACAGGACGCAAGAGAACAGUGCUAAUGUUGGCACCUACCUGAUGAUGGAAUUGGCCAAACUUCGGAAUAAGUAUGAGAUUAUCGGUGACGUACGAGGAAAAGGUCUUCAGAUCGGGGUCGAGAUGGUCAAAGACAAGGCCAGCAGAGACCCCCUACCUUCACAAGACAUGAAUCAGAUUUUUGAGGACAUUAAAGACAUGGGCGUGUUAAUCGGAAAAGGCGGGCUUUACGGACAGACGUUUAGAAUCAAGCCGCCCAUGUGUAUAACUAAAGAUGACGCAGACUUCUUCCUCGCCGUCUUCAACCAGGCCGUGCUCAACUACAUGGAAAGAAAAUAGGACAGGCAGAACCUUCAGUACACAUUUUAUUACCAACAGGUCUGUACGGUUGAUCUGAAAACCACCAAAAGAUGAACUUACCUGGGGAAACAAUCUUGUGUUUUCAGUUUGUAAGGGUGUAUUGUUUAAUACUAUCGUCAAAUCUUGUAACAGUUAACAGAUGAUGUUGUAACAGGUGUUGAUAUAACUGAUAUAACCACCUUUGGCUAAAAGAGACAGUUCGCCCAAAAAUUAAAAUUCUUGUUUAUUUACCCUCA